GGCAAACCUCUAAAUCGGCGGGGGGCAUCACUUUUGCGCGAAUCCCCAAAUUUUAACGCUGCAAGUUUCACCCCGGCUCCGUUGGGACCCGAGGGCUGGCUGGGGGAGCCGCCGCCGUGCCAGGACCCGGCCAGCCAGGAGGCCAUGCUGCGGGUGCUGGACGUGGGGCUGGAGCGGUGCCUGGCGCUGCACUCGGCUGUGCAGUGCAUCCCCGUGCCCCGGCACAGGAAGCUCUCAGGCAAGGCAGGCAUCGACGAGGUGAUGGCGGCUGCGGUGCUCACCAGCCUCUCCGCCAGCCCGCUGGUGCUCGGCCACAUGCCGGCCACUCAUGGCCCAGAGCCGGGCAGUGAGGUCUGGAAGGAGGUUCCUGCCAUGUCCUCCAGCUGCAGCAGCAGCAGCAACACCAGCGGGGAYUGGAGCUGGGACCCCUCCAGUGACCGAUCCACCCCCUCCACCCCCUCACCCCCCCUCUCCAGCCACGUCCCCAGCACCUUCCUGCCCGGCCCGCUGCCAGAUGAGGGCCCCGAUGAGCCCGACAGCACCCACUUUGUCUUUGGAGAGCCCACCCCACGGAAGAGGAAGAACUCCACCAAGGUGAUGUUCAAGUGCUUGUGGAAGAGCUGUGGCAAAGUCCUCAGCAGCUCCUCAGGGAUGCAGAAGCACAUCCGAACUGUGCACCUUGGCCGGAAAGCCGACCUGGAGCAGAGUGAUGGCGAGGAGGAUUUCUACUACACGGAGCUGGACGUGGACGUGGACGCGCUGACCGACGGGCUGUCCAGCCUCACUCCGGUCUCUCCCACCUCCUCGGUGCCUCCYGCCUUUCCCGGCCCUGAGGCUCCUCCCCCACCGGCGCUGCCGAUCCCCGACCUGGCCCUGGCCUCCCCCUGCAGCCCCCCMGCCCCCGCCGGCCGCUGCCACAUC